UUUAAUCACCUAACAGUUUAUAUUUUAAUUUUUUCUGUAUUAAUUCAUUGAUUCCAAAUUUUCUCCGUCCUGAUUUGUAUAUGUCUGCGCAUUAAUUGUUUAUGUUAGAUUAUUAAUUUUAUUUUUAUUUUGCAAAAUUUAAUGUGUAAUGAUUUUGUGAAAAUAAUAAUAAAAUGAAGGUUUUUUUAGAUGAAGAAGACCAUGAGAAUGGUAACGGUUGCGGCGAUAUGGUGGUUAACGGUGGUUGGUGCCGCAUCUCGCCUUUCAUUCCUGCAGACUUCUUCUUCUCCGUCGACAACAGUUCCAGCUUUCCUCUGGUCUCCUCACCGCCAUCAGAAUCUCUCUCUCUCUCUCUCUCUUCAUUUUCCAAUCUAAGCUAUUUAGUUUCUUACUUGAAAUUUUAUCGGUAAAUUGGCAGCCUGUCUGUUGUUUAACAUAUGCUUUCUUUUAGGGUUUUUAAAUUUUCCAUGAUAAAGCGAUAUGUGUGUGUGUGUGUGUGUGUGUGUUUAUAAGAGAAUCAAUUAUAUCGAAAUUGACGUAGGAGUAAAGGGAAGAGAAAUUGAUCCUUUAAACUUCAACUAAAUGCCAAUGCAAAAGCGUUCUCCUUUCUUACAGAAUAUCAGCUAAUGAAAUUCCUCAGACGCAAAACACAACAAAUGACCAAAUAUACGCGACAUUACAGUGGAUUACAAUCUUUCUCCUCUUAGAUCUUUAAAUAGGAUCAGUAAGAAACCCUCCAGAUUUUUCUGGCGUACCUGCUUCUCCCCAUAGAUUCCUGAUAAACAAUGCAAAUGAGAUGACUUUGAGUCUCCCUAAAAUGAAACCACAUCACAAACAGAUCAGUAGAUCAUGCUUUAUUUGGUAUUCUUACCUCCUGAACAUUGUCACUGUUUUUCUUGUAAAUUACUACUGGUUGAACAAAAAUAUCGUACUUCGGGUUUUUGAAUUUCAACAGCCAAACUUCUUUCGCUUAUGGGAUAUGUGCUUUCUAUGAUAUUCAAUCUAUUUUGAAGAUUUUGUAUGCCUAUCAUGUUCUCCUGGCUUUAUAUUUGCUGCAUAUUAUUCUACAAUUGGAAUGUUUAAACAUGUUAGAUUCUGAUCACGGGUCAAACAACAGAAUGAGUGAAGCAAUGAAUUAUCAGACCAUUUCUUCAAACGAUCUUGCCAGGUUGGUGCUGGCUGAAGGAGGCUGGUCAAACUUACUGAAAAGAAAGUUCAGCAAUCUUUGGAUCUGGCAGUUGUUUUUGUUGGCAGAGGGGACUGAUCUGGUGAACAUGCUGCCGAGGCUUUUAUCUUAUGCUGUUUUCCACAGAUAUUUCUGCAAGCAAAAAUGCAGAUCCAGCUCUUGUGAACUUUCUCAAGGUCCUUUUACAAAGUCCAAUUUUUCCAUGGCAUUUCCGUAUGUUGCUGCAUCAGAGGAGGCAAUGGAGAAUUCAUUGGUUUCUGGGUUUGCUGAAGCUUGUGGACAGGAUUUAGGAAUCAGUAAUGUUUCCUUUUCAGAGUCAUGCUCUGUAGAGGGUGAAAGCUUUCAAAAGCUUGCAAAACUGCACGCUGUUAAUGACUAUCUGGCUUCAAGGAUGGAGAAGAGACUAAGUGGGCAACCUAACCUGGUUGUAUUCUGUUAUGGAGGCUCUAAUUCAAUGAAAGAACUUGACCAACCACAAAGUGAAAGUGAAAUGUUCUCUGAGCUUAUCAAUUCCGUGGAGAUGUUAGGGGGAAAAUAUGUGGUUCUCUAUGUUUCAGAUCCUUUCCGAUCAAUCCAGCUUCCUUACCAUCAAGAGCUAGAAAGGUUUCUUGCUGAAGGUGCUGGAGGAAAUGCAUCACUGAAUUCCACCCACUGUGAUGAAGUUUGUCAGAUCAAAUCAUCGUUUCUGGAAGGAGUUUUAGUUGUUUUUCACAUCAAAUACACCUGAACGAAAUGCCUCAAAGAAGGAUUCUCCUAUUUUUUCCCUUAACAUUACAAGCUGAACCGUUCCAUGCCCAUUUCCAAAUCUACCCCCAUCCAUGAUCUGCCUUACUAACAUUGUUGAUUGUCCUGGGAAUCCCUCUCAAAAGACCCUAGCAAAAUGCCAACACCACUCGCUAGUUGAGGUCCUUCCGUCCUUGUUUCCAAGUUUGAUUUCUGCUAUAACCCUUGCUGUUGCUCUAUUGUGUGUUGUAGCAGAAAGGUUGAGUUUGAAAUCGAACAAUAAAUCAAAUCUUAGUUGUUAAUAAUCUCUCAUAUCUUAUACUGGACCUAAAACUAAUUGCUGAUUUUGAAAGGCAAAAUCUUCUUCCGAAUCCAACAAGAUAUUCGACUGGCCUCCCUCUACCCUCUCUAAUCAACUUCUGACGAGUUCAUAGCAUUUAGAGCUACUGUUGCAGUUUUAGGCCUCUUCCAUGAUCUCAUGUAUUCUCCCAAGCUUAUUUUAAAGUUGAUUCAGCGUUAAUGCAGGGGGUGUCUUAGCUAAAACGGGAGGGUGCUUUCUUCUUCUUUUUUUUUUUUUUUGAGUUUACAAGCAGUCCAAGUAAAUUAUAUAAACUCGGUGGCUCAUAAUCUUGGAUGUGAAAGUCUGCAGUUUAUCUAUACUGCUAUGCUCCAUUGUACUCAUUUUCUUGCUCUACUUGCACUCCAGUUUCACUUUAGUCCAUUAUAUUAUUGUAUUUAUGGAGUCCUGAUAUUGUGGCUGUCUGUGAUGCUCAAGGGGAUUGGUUUGCUUAUCAUUUUAAUGUCAUGCCUAUGAUGUAUGAUGUGCAUUGACACUCCAACAAGAUUUGAGGCUCCCCAGGACUCUUAACCGUUUGUAAGGUGAGAUGAUACCUUUGUUUUGUACAGCCACGUACUGUGUCAUGGACAGUCGUGAAAGAGAUUAGGUGGUUGUUAUGUAGUUUUCACUGAAUGGAGAUGUCCUCGUGUAUUAUUUAAUCUAGAUUGGAGCAUUAUGUUGUUUUUGUCAACACUCUGAAUUGUAUGUGCCCAUUUGUUCCUGUCGUGUAGGUUUCAUUCUAGAUUUGAGUAGUUAUUUUUUUAUGAAUUGGCUAGUAUUUCCAUUAGAAAUCUAGCCACUGCAAUGAUAUGAACUUUGAAGUGGAAAUGACUUGCAAAUGUUUGCUUAUCAAUAUAAAGCUCAAUUAUGAA